AUGACUUUAACUUCAAAUGUGGAAGUUGAAGUUUAUAUGGAGGAUUUGAAUGUAACAGAUGAUGAGUCUGAUGGAGAAGAAUAUGUUGCUUCUACAAUGGACAAGACAAUAUGGGAUCCUUUUUUGAAUGAUUUGGUACAGGGAGAAGUGGAAUGGCCUGACAUAUCAUCUGAUGAUGCUGAAUGGACCUUUUCAAAUGAAGAAACUGACAAAGGAGAUAAUAUAGGUCAGAUAUUUUGGGACCAAUAUCUUGUACACAACCCUAGGAUACCUUGGAAUAAAAUGGAACCACACUUGGGGGGAAAAUACGAAAGCCCAGAACAGUUCAAGCUUUGUCUAACAAAUUAUGCGGUGGCUAAUGGAUACCAAUUGAGGUUUGGCAAGUGUGAUCGUUCUAGGAUAUUAGUACGAUGCGGAAAAAAAAGUGACGAGAAUAAGUGUCCAUUUAGAUGUUGGGCAUCUUGGAUGGGGAAUGAACUAACUUGGCAAGUGAAAUCUUUGGAAAAGAAACAUGUUUGUGCACGAAAAUACAGCCUCGGUUCAUUGAUAACUCCGGGUUGGAUUGCUAACCAUUAUCUUAAUGACCUAAUUCGCAACCCCAAAACGAAAGUCAAAGAAAUGAAAGCUGAUUUUUUACAGAAUUAUUCUUUAAAGCUUAGCAGAGGUCAGUGUGAAAGGGCAAGGGCAUUAGCAUUUACACUAAUUGAUGGCAAGUUGACUGAUCACUAUGCUAGGAUAUGGGAUUAUGGUAAUGAAGUUUUGAGAUCAAACCCAGGAAGCACUGUUGAAAUUGGAGUCGAUGUCAAUCCGGAUGCAAAAUAUUUCAAAAGAAUCUACAUUUGUUUGAAGGCUUUAAAAGAAAGAUGGUUGAAAGGUUGUCAUAAGGUGAUUGAUUUAGAUGGAUGUUUCUUGAAAGGGAAAGUUAAAGGGGAGUUGAUAGCUGCCAUUGGUCGAGACGGAAACAACCAAAUUUACCCCAUUGCAUGGGCAGUUGUGAAUGUAGAAAAUAAAGAUAAUUGGAAGUAG